AUGAGGUCUGCUGUCAUUCUCGCCCUUUCGGGAUCAUCCCUUGCUCUGCCCUUUGGCGGUACCAUGAACGCCAUGUUUGGUGCUAAGGAGGCCCGUGAGGCUCCUGCACCAGAGAACAUGCCCAACUUCCCAGGUGCUGGUCUCCCAGCUCCUACUGGAACUGGAGUACCUGCUUUCCCUAUGCCCACUGGAGGUUUCCCCGGUGGUUCCCCAGGAGGCCAGCCUGGAGGUCAACCAGGUGGUGGCUUCCCCGGCUUCCCUGGAGGCCAACCAGGAGGUCAGCCCGGAGGUCAGCCUGGUGGGGGUUUCCCUGGAGGCCAGCCUGGUGGUGGCUUUCCCGGUUUCCCUGGAGGCAAGCCUGGUGGUGGCUUCCCCGGUUUUCCUGGAGGCCAGCCCGGUGGUCAGCCCGGAGGCAAGCCUGGUGGUGGCUUCCCUGGUUUCCCUGGCUUCCAAGGAGGCAAGCCCCCAACCGUAAAGAGGCUCGCAGUCAACUACGGCCUCGCUCCCCACCUACACAAGAGGGGAGAGGCCGCUACUCCUUCUCUUCCAGAAUUCCAACUUCUUUCCAAGGAUGGCAGUGCUGCUCCAGCUGCAAGCGCACCGGCUACAGGUUCUCCUGCUGAAGGUGGCUCUCCAUAUGGCGAUGAGCCCGCUGGAGGUGCCCCAACUGAGGGUGCCCCAGAAUCCGGUGCUCCUACUGAAGGUGCUCCAACUGAGGGUACCCCCACUGAGGGCGCCCCUGAGGCUGGUGCUCCCGGUGCCGGUGCUCCUACUGAGGGUGCCCCAGAAUAUGGCGCUCCCGGUGCCGGUGCUCCCACUGAGGGUGCCCCAGAAUCUGGCGCUCCUACCGAGGGUGCCCCAGAAUCUGGCGCUCCUACCGAGGGCGCUCCCGGAUCUGGCGCUCCUACUGAGGGCGCUCCUGAAUCUGGUGCUCCUACUGAGGGUGCCCCAGAAUCUGGCGCUCCUACCGAGGGAGCUCCUGAAUCUGGUGCUCCAGAAUACGGUGCUCCAGGUGCUGGUGCUCCCGGAGCCGGUGCCCCAGGCGCCCCCGGUGCAGGAACUCCCCCAUUCCCUCUCCCCACCGGUGCCCUUCCUCCUUUCCCCAUGCCCACUGGCGCUCUUCCCUCCUUCCCCAUGCCCACCGGCGGUUUCCCCGGCGGCCCAGCCGGACCAGGUGGUAACGCUCCCUACCCCGGUGCUCCCAGCGGUCCCGGAGGCGAGGGCGAGGACGGCAAGCCUGGUCCCGGUGGAUUUUUCGAGUGGCUCAGCGGUCUCUUGGGUAAGGGCAAGGGCGAGGGUGCUGGUCAAGGCCAGGGUGAGGGAAAAGGCGAUGGCGAGUCCAAGGGCGACUAUUAA